ACCAAUGGACUCUUCAUGAGUGUGUUUUUAGUGGUACUGCCACUGGAGUCUCUGGCUCAUGGACUCUUCCAUGAACUGGGAAACUGCUUGGGAGGCACCUGCGUUGGGUAUGCAGUGGUAAUUCCCACUUGCUACAGCAGUGCGAAUGGACAGCCAUUGCUGUUGCCUCCGGGGCAAGCCCAGGAAUUGCACUCCACAGCUACUUUGAACGCUGUGCAGCGACUCUUCUCCCACCACCUCAUCCAGACCUUUGGAUGUGACUACUCCACCAGUCUAAGCCUGGACACCCUGCAGGCCAAUCUGCGCUCCUUUCUGGAGCUGUGCACCGCAGAAGGCCCGCGGCAUGACACCUACAUCCUCUACUACAGUGGCCACACACUUCCCAGCGGAGACUGGACUCUGGCAGGUGGCGAUUGCUUGCGUCUGCAGCAGAUCCUUGAUAUGUGGAAGGAACGGAACGCCGGCUUCUCCUCCCGCCUCAUAUUGGUCCUGGACACUGAGAAUUCUGCGCCAUGGGUGAAGGCGGUUCGAAAGGUGGAAAAGAUGUACGUAGCAAUACAAGGGGCCAAGAUGAGCCCUGUCCAGGAUGCCGAAGCCCAGGAAGCUCCUCGGUUGGGAGACUUCACCACUGAGUGGGUGAAAUACAACUGCGAUCCUGACAGUGGCGUGCAGUGGUCAGAGAGGGGUCGGGUCAUCUCCGCUAUAUACGGCGUGUCCAAACCCUGGAGUGACUACGCUCUCCACCUGCCCACCGGAAGCGAUGUGGCCAAGCACUGGAAAACACACUUCCCCAAGGCCACGUACCCACUGGUGGCUAUGGCGAACUGGUGCUGCGGACUCAACCUCCUGUGGCUGUGUAGUGCGUGUUUGCGCUGCGUCAGAAGACUGAAACUUUCUUGGUUCCCUCCCAGCAUACUAGACACGGGGCAAGGGAUUAAACUAGUCCGAUCAUAGGUGACCAGUUGGUUUGCUUCUACACAAUGUACAUAUAUCACCAUAUAUCUUUUCUAUGCAAUUUGUGGGGAUAUCCUUUAUUGACUGUUCAGUUGCCUUUAACAAAUUACUUUAAUCAGUUAUGGAUGGGAAAUGUGGAUCACUCAGUCUUGCUUCUAAAGAUCUACUUUCCUCUAGAGUUUAAAGUCGCACCUAAUUUUCAAAUCAGCCCCAAACGACUUUUAACCUUGCAGGUAGGUUGAUCUUUAGGAACAGGAUUGAGCCCCAUUGUCAUAUGACAGGUUCUUCUGUUUAUCUGUGUGCCAUAUAUACACAAUAUAGCCACUGUCUUAUCUCAUAUACAGUAUUGAGACUGUCAGUGCCAAGUGCCUUGUUAAUUUAUUACGUUUUUAGUGGGUUUUCUCUGGAUUUGGGUGAAAUAUGUGUAUUGCAAUGUAUUCGAUCUCAGGCAAAGUAAAUCAAGAAAUCUAAUUGUACCUUUAAAAGGUUACUUUUUUUUUUUUGACAAGCAGUAGAGCAGGUCUGGAUUAGUUGUUUUUCCAAGACCUCUACAAAAGCCAAUGUUUAAACCAUAUCGUGCCAUAUUUUAUUUUGUAUUCUCUGUAGGGUUUUUGUGUUGAAGAGUUGACUUCAAUUAUUUUUCAACCGACCAGUGUCCCUUAAUAAAGACUGUUUAAAAUAAAUUAUUUGGUAAGUAGGUGUUCUAGCAUGUGCCAAUACCUGUUUUUAGUGAUGAUUAGUUAGAAUAGCUUGUUCUGGCACUACUGACUGCCUCACUGUCAAAAUCAUUACAGUGUAAUGAAACGUUCACUUCCUAAACUCCCACAAUGCACAGUAAAAACACAA